AUGCCCAAGAAACUAAAAUCAUCAUCAGUCUUUUUGCAGAAAGUAUCAAGGCUCCUAAGAGUCCCUAUUUUUAUCACCAGAAUGAGGAAAUCCAUCAAUAUUCCAAGAAUUAUUUCACUCAAAAAGUCAAGGAAAAUCAAGAAAUUCAUGCUUCUCAGGCAUUACAAGUAUGGGUACGUUCAGGAGUAUCAGUUCUCCCCUUCAAAUAGUCCAUUCCUGCCGUACAACUGCAGAAAGCCAAUCAACAAGAGGAGAUAUAAAGAUUUGUACUCCAUUUUAUUCAUUGGAAAAUGCUUAGGUAUGAACAAGGCAGAAAAGGAAUACAGGGGCUUUCCAUUGGAGUCGAAGGUUUUGCCUGCUAUUGAGGAUACUAUUGCAAAAGAUUUAUCUGAACAAUCAGAGUUAAGUGGGGAAGAUGAUGAGCGCUCAAUUGAUGAAAGGGCUGAGAAGUUUAUUGAAAGGUUCUAUGAGAAGAUGAGAAUUCAGAGGCAAGAAUUACUCAUGUAG